UAUAUGAAGAUUAGUUUACAUUUGAAAAGAUAGGUAGUACAAGAUGUUCAGUGCUGAAAUAAAUAUUUAUGUUCGUAACAAACGAAGGGGAAGUUAAAUCUUUCAUUUAAAAUUCACUCAUACAAUCUUCAUAACUAUAAACGAGUGAAAGGAAAUAAAUAGUUACUAUAAAGUUGCGGUGAAGGAUAAAAUCAAGUGAAAACAAGAUUGUAAAAAAAAAAUGUGCAUAAAGAAUCGAACAUUAUACGUAUCAGAAUGAUUACUAUAACAGUGUGAUGUGGCAUUGAAGUCAAAAUGAAAGUAUUGAAUUUAAAUCCAAGUGGUAUAACAUAUAAAUGCGUUAUGAUCGCCCAAAACGUUUUGUUAGUCACACUUGUCUUAUCAUGGAUUGAUUUAGCAUCAUCUUCAUCAACUACAGCAUCAGUGUCCACUGUUGAUGUGUCCACUGUUUUAAACAAUACUGUGUCUAAUAUUACACAAACUGCGUCGUCUGCUAUGCCUUCACCUACGACAUCGACCGCAGCAACAACAAUGUCAAGUUCUAAUUUAAAUUCUUCUAGCAAUUCUGUGAUAACUACGUCGAAUGCAGUUACCCCUGCAUCAGUAUCAAGCAUUUCAAACACAACUUCUUCUGUUUCUAAUGUUAACCAAACAAAUGCGACUAGUAUAACACAAACAACAAACAUUGUUGUCGUAUCUACAACACCAGCCGGAGUCGAAAAUAAAACAACAGUGACUGCAAGUAACUCAACUCAGGGCGAAAUGAGUACAACCACUAAUGAAAGUAUACCUAUAACAAGUGUCACAACACCUGCAAUAUCUACAGAUGCUGUGAAUGAAACGGGUGUUGGGAAUAAUACCAUAACCACGCAAGGAGUGCCAUUAAACACAACUACAACAACCAACAGCUCAUUACUUACGACGUCAUCUACGCAUUCUCCUGCAGAAUCAACAGCUUCAACAGUUACAACUGUGUCAGCUGUAGUGUCGACCACAUCAAGUCAAAAUGUUACUGAUAUAAAUUUAAAUUCAUCUUCUGUGACAACAAACAUACUAACCUCGACAGUAAAUUCCACAUCAACGGUGGCUUCUAUUUUAAGUUCUUCAGCUUCAACCACGUUAUUGCCACCACAUUUAUCUACUGUGAACUUAACAUCACCAACAGUAUCUAAAAAUUUAACGACUGUUACCACUGUAUCAUCUUCAUCAUCGUCAACAUCGUCAUCGUCUUCGUCGUCAUCAACAGCAACACCUUCAUCUACUAGUACAAACCAGUCAACUAUUACCAGCAGUGGUCAUUUUAAUUCCACUCCUGUCACCAGCUCUUCUACAACCAUGUCCAUCAUAGACAAAGAAAACCAGAUUCUAAAAAACACAAUUUCUGAUUUGGAAGCCAAACAUGAUGAUUAUGUCAUUGCUGUUAUAAUUUUGUCCCUCAUCUUGGCUGCUGUCAUCCUUGCCGUUGUUCUUUUCUUUGUUUAUCAAAGGUGUAGAAAGCCGAAAACAUUCUUUGAAGAUAUCGAUGAAGACCUUCAAAGCCCAACAAGAGGAUCAGGCCGAAACCCAUCCGGUAUUCAGAUUCAGCGCCAUAGAAGUUUAUGGAAUAGCGUCUUGGUUGACUUUUCGAGUCACGGUGCCGAGAAAUCUGAGAAAAAUGGCAGUCAGACGACAUCUUUUCAAAGACCACCAUCAACCAUUACCGAAGACCAAAACUUAGUUUCACAAGAGAUGCCCGAACCAACGUCUUUGGAGCAGACCGAAUAAGCAAAACAUCAAUAAAUGACCAUACAGACUUGAGCUCAAGUAAGACUUCAACAACAACAUUUUCAAGAAACGACCGUCUUUGAAGAAAAUUCAUUUUGAACAGUAAAUGGAAGACAUUAAAAUAUCAUCAGUAUCUUUUUAGGUUUUAUGCCAUUUUGAUAUGUACAUGUUUUUUAAAUAGUUUUUUUCUGGCAUUUUUUACUUUACUAGGACACUUAAAUGCUGGUUAUGAUAACAUUGACAAAAUUAAUUAUGAAUGGGGAAACGUCAACUAUUUUCACAAGCGAGGCUUAUAUGGAACAAAUACAUCCCAUUAAUGUAAGAUUAUAAUUUUGACCUAGCAAUUAAAUUUAUUUUCCUGUUCUAUUUUUAGAAAACUACAUUGUUGUUCGCUUCAAUUUUAGCAAACUAGUUCGUCUUUGAUGAAACUUGUUUAGAAUUUACAGCUAUCUACAACAACAUGGGUACAAUCAUUUAAGUCUCGUUAUAUUAUAAGUAUAUAGUUGUAUUUCCCUUAUUUUAGCAAUCUGGUCUAAAAAGUAGAAGAAGAUGCAAUACAAAACACAUUUUUAACGUGAACAGAUAGAUAUAUUUCUUAUCUAUAUGUAACAAAAUGUUACAUUUUGUAAGUUUUACAAAUAAUCUUGUUGUAGUAACUUUCUUACCUCAUAAGUGUCAAAAAAAUUUCCCAGUUCAGUUUCUGUUAUAAAUCAAUUUUUAAAAUGUUUUCUCUAAAAAUCGUGUUUCAUUACAUUCUCAUAUUAUGACGUUGUUAAUGUUUAUGUUGUUUAUGUGAGAUAAUUCAAAUAUUGUUAAGAAAUAUAUUGACAUUUUAUAUCUCUAUACUCAAUGUACAAAAAUCAUUAAUAGUGCAUGUUAAAUAAAGCAAUGUCAUCGUGUGCAAUUUUCAUACCACACUUUGGUCAUUCUCAUUUGUUGGUAUGUUCUAUUUUAAUCGAUUUUAUUACAUGUUAUUUAUGUUAUAUGUGAUAAAAUUUGAUUAUAACCUACCAUAUACUUUUCAUUAUUUUUGAAAAACAUGCUCAAUAAAGAUCAUCUUGCAAUGUCACGUUUUGGUGAUCUCGAGUUUCGGUUAUCUCAAGUGAUUUUUUUCUUUCAAUAUUCCUUUUUUAUUAGCAAUUGAUAAAGAAAUUAUAGAAAUUCAUAUAUAAUUUAAAAAAUGACGCAAUGUGGAGCUAGUAUUGCAUAAUCUGAGAGUGUCUUAAUUUUAUGUGUAAAUUGUUUUUGUUUUUGAUACUGUUGUUUAUUAUCAUUUUAUAUUUUAACAUUUAUAUUCAUAUUCUAAUUUGUCCGAACAUAAAGAAAAAUUAACAAACGCUGAAUUCAUUUUUAUUGACGAAUCAUUGGGUAUUAUUUCAUGACUUUCGACUUUGCGAGUAUGUUUGGGUAAGCUUAAAUCAAGAAAGAUAACUGCGUUUUGGCGUUAAUGUAAAUGUGUACUUAUGGAGCAUUUUGUUUUCAUUGAUACGUUUAAUACAAAGUAUAUCAGAAUCAAUAUUAUACAAGUUUAAGCAGUUGUGAAAAAUGAAAUUCUUAUAUAGGGGGCAAAUAUUGUCAACUAUUACAAGACCAUUUUUACCACGGUGCCUAUACCACGUGAUUUUUUGUGUAGGAAGGUUUUAUUUUCUGCCAUAAUAUUUCAUUAUUUAUGAUGGAAUAAAAUGUUGAAUCCGCACAUUCUGGUGACGAACAAAUAACUAGAUUUUUUCCUUAUCUUUUUUGUUAAAGUGACACCCUGUGAAUAUCUGAUUGUUUAAACACGCGGUUUUACUUUCUGUAACAGCAUGGUAAUUUUCCCCCUAAAAUAAUCAUGUGUGUUACGCGCUAGAAUAAGAGGGCUCAAGGCGACAUCCGAUUAUAAAUAGUGAAAUAUUAAAAAGUUAUUGAAGAAGAUGAAAUCUGAACCGUGUCUUGUAUCGGUUUUCCGCCCCGCGCAUUACAAGAAAAGUCACUUGGAAUAGGCACCAUGUUCUCUGUACAGUCAAAUACAACUAUUUUGGUUGUAUGCUGUAAUCAGUGGUCAUUUACCUAUAAGCAAUUGUUAUAUAUGUUGAUUAUUAUGUGUAUUUAAUAAUGUGUUUGUUCAAUGUAGGAAUGAUUUAUGUGCAUGUAUAUUUGAAAAAAUAUUUCAUGAAAAGAUAGAUAUCAGUUAAAUUAAACUUAAAAUGUA